AUGUUAGAUGAACUACCGCAUCGAGUUAAUUGGAAAGACAGUAAUACUACUAUUGAGAGUGGUUUAACAAGUCUUACGACUGGUUUUCAUGAAACGCACAAGGAAAGAUUUGGAGAUUGUGUUGGAAGUUGGACGAACCUAGAAGAUUGCAGACUGCUUGAUCAUGUCUCUCGAUUGGGUGAAAAUCGUUGGAAUCUUAUUGGAAAAAAACUUGGCAAGUCAGCUUUUCAAUGCUCAGAAAGAUAUUUGAAGCAUUUACGUCCUCAAAUGUUAGGAUCCAGUAAAACCUAUACAACUCUAAUACAACAUAGAGCUAUACCACAAACAAUUCUCACUUCAGAUCAAAAUUCAACAUGGACAAAAGAUGAAGACUCAACUCUCCUCCAGUUGUAUUUAACAUAUGGAUCCAAUUGGGAGUUAAUAGCUAAUCGCCUAACCACUAGUGGUAGUUCGCAUAAAAAGCGAACUGCUGUAGAUGUAAGACAACGAUAUGAAAAAGUUGUUCUCCAAUAUUGGCCCAAUUCUGAUCAAGAAAAUCGUCCACUCUCUAGUUUGCUGUUUCGUAAUUCGCUAUUAUCCUGUAAGAACAAUCCUCGACCUACCUAUCUAAUCCCAUUAUCUUCAUUAAAGUCGAAUUACGAUUCUACAACAAAUGGAAAUUGGAAAAUUCGUCUGACCCAACCUAUUCAUCAUCAUGAUUCAGGUUUUAGUGAAUCUGGUUUGUCGAACAGUGUCCAGUCUGGUGGAAGUAAUUCUCAGCAAUCUCUGAGGUAUUCGGUUGUGACGACUUCCAUCAGUUCCCACAAUUCUUUAUUAUCUACAUCGACUCCAGUGGAUUUAAUUAAAAAUGGUCCAUUAUUAUCUAGUCCUGAUAAAUCUCAAUUCAGUCUACCAUCAUCAUCAUCAUUAUUUAUUAAAUCAAAUUCACCUAAAUUACUUGAAUCUAGUAUAAAUGACGAUCUCACUAAUUCUCCUACUUCUUCGUUUUCAUUUAAUUUUUAUAAUAAUCAUAAUAAUAAUAAUAAUUGUUCAUCAAAAACAACCUCUCCAUUAAAAUCAAUUCAUCAGACAACAAAUGGAUCAUUAAGUGUUCUAAUAACUGAUGAUAACAACAGUAAUAAUACUAAUAAUAAUCAUUUUGUUAUACAAACACCUACAAAAGCAUUAAGUGAAGCUGAUCAAUUAUCAUUUCAUUUAACUAGUCCACCAGCUGUUUUAGGUUCUGCUGGUCGUUAUCCUGUUACUAAUUUAAAUCAUAAAACAACAGAUUUAGAUAAAACUCCAAUUGGUUCAAGAAUUCCACGUUGUUCACAGAUAAGAGGAGAUGGUGCACCGUUACGCCGACCACUCUGUACCAGGUUGUUUGAUAAUAUUCCAAAUAAUACUUCUCUUCCUUCAACGUCACUUUCUUCAUCGUUUACAGUUAGUAGUACUAAUCGUAAUAAUUUGUCCGAGAAAACUUUCUCAACGUUAUCCUCUUCAACAACAUCAUAUAAUUCCUGUGAUGAAGCUAAAUGUAUAGCUAUUCUUACAGCCAAAGCAACUGUUUGGAAUCGAGCACUUUUACCAACCACUUCUACGUCAACAACUGCGACAUCUUCAUUGUCAACAUCUCAAAAAUCUCAUCUUUCUUAUUUUACUACGAAUAAUAAUAAUUGUAACAGAUUAUUCAAUGAGAAUGAAUACAACAUGAAUCCAUAUCAUUCUCUUAACUUUUCAAUUUCUAAAGAUACAAUGAUGAAUUAUCAUAAUAAUCUAUAUCCUUAUAAAUCAUAUUCUCAAACAAUUAAUAAUCAUAAUAACUUUAAUCCUCCAUUAAAACCAUUAAAAUUUUCUGCUAGAAAACAACCUCAUUUAACACUUCGACGUAUUGUACAAAUUGCUAAUGAAGAUGAUUGGCAAGAAGUUGCUUAUGGUAAUAGCUAUGCUUCUCAAACAUUAAUUCGACUAGCUAAAUCAUUUACGAAUAAUUAUCAACAACAACAAUCUAUUAGUGAAUUAAAUGAUCUCUCAUCUCAUUCAUCAUUAUCUUCACCAUUAUUGCCUAUAAUAAAGAGAACAAUAUCAGAAGAAUCAAUUAAUCAUUAUUCAAUUGAUCAUCAAGAUUGUUUCUUGGAACUAGAACAACCGAUGGAUAAUUAUUAA